CGAGGCAGCCUCAGAUGUUAACGGCAGCGGGAUUAGGCCAAGUUUUCAGAGGUUUCAUAGCACGCAACUGAAAGUACACGGCUGCUGUGAUUAACCCACAUGUCUGGAGCUGCUGGAUAGAAAAGAGGAAAAGAUUAGUAUGUUCCAGAGAUAUAUUUAGUUUGAGGAACCUUCAAAACUAAGUUCCUUUCUCUACCCAUCUGACCUGGACUAUAUGUGACCAUUCGAAGCUGCGCAAGAACUAAGCUUUUAUCGCUUUUUUUUCACUUUAAAUGUGUCUCCAGUUUUACGCAAGCCAAGCGAAAUUGUUUUUACGUUUUAACUCGAAUUUAAAUGAUCCGAAGGAUUUUUUUUUUUUUUUUUUUUUUAGUUCUAACCGUUUACAGUUAGAAACCAUCCUAAAGCGGGUAAAGCUUGUUUUUUAUUUAGUUGAGGCAUAAAUCUGAACUGCAUCCAGUGGCCCCUCCUCUUCGUGCUGCGACUGACGGGGAGCCAAACAGCAGAGAGCUGCGAGUCAGACAGACACCAAACCCAGAGACAGAGGAUCUCCAGAGACCGCACUGCCUCCUCUCAGGAUCGAGCUGGAAAACUGGGAGAAAGUCGCAUGUCUUGGAGUUUAUUGAAAGCGGUAAUAAAGCCGGACCGGUGAAUUUGAUGCUGUAUAAUUUUAUUGUUUUCUUGCGUGCUGCUGAACUAUGGAAGCUGUGAGUUGUAAACAAUCAAGCCAAGCAGAAGCUGUAGAUCAGUGGAUCUUAUUGGUAGAUUAGUUUUAUAUACGGGUCUUUGCAAUGGUGGAACCAUUGGGGUUUGUGGAUGCAUGGAGAGCCCAGUUCCCGGAGUCUGAUCCCCCUAAAAUGGAUCUUAACUCAUUAGGGGACAUUGAACAGGAGCUGGACAAAUGCAAGUCCUCUAUCCGGCUCUUGGAGAAAGAAGUAAACAAGGAGCGUUUUCGGAUGAUCUACCUGCAGACUCUCCUCGCUAAAGAAAGGAAAUCCUAUGACGGGCAGAGAUGGGGCUUUAAAAAUAUGCCACCAAUGAAUGAUGGAGAUCUGCCCAGUGGAUCAGAAAACAGGAGGUCCUACACCGAUGAGCCGCCGGCAGAUGAGCAGGAGCAGAAGCAGAGGAGCUCAUGCAAGACUCCAAGAAAUAUAGGACAUCCAGAGGAAACACUAGAUGGUUUGUCUACAGCAAAACAGAAAGAAAGGGUGUCACCUGUUCGCCACGACUCUGAGCCUCCUGAGUUCCCAGUGGGAACAGGAUCUGUGGCAGCUCUGAGGUCCAACUUCGAGCGCAUCAGGAGGGCCAAUUCUCACACAGCAGGGGACAGUAGGGGAUUAUCAGUGAUGGGAAGCCAGGAGAAACCCUUCUACGUGAACAUGGAGUACCAUCACGAUCGAGGGCUGGUGAGGGUGAACGAUAAGGAGGUCUCGGAUAAGAUCAGCACCCUGGGCUGUCAGGCCAUGCAGAUGGAGCGUAAGAGGUCCCUGCAUUCCCUGCCAGGGAACUUGUCGGCUGCCACAGCGGACAUUGUCAAGCCUGUUCAGAGAGGCAGAUCCACUGAAGGAAACUGCAGCUUCAAUGGGUCACCUGAUGAUACUGAGGUCAGCCCACACUUCCUGAAAGACAGUUCAGUCAGGUCCACUGAGGGGAAGUCAGAGAGGCAGCCAGUCGAAUGCCAGCCUUACACCAGUGUGUAUGUUGGAGGAAUGAUGGGUGAAGGAGACACUCGGGUGAUCCACAUCAGGGACCGCAGCGUAGAGGAGGAUCCUCACCUCACUUGGCCAAGGCGCUCCUACUCCCCCGGGAGCUUUGAUGAUGUUGGGGGCGGCUACACACCAGACUGUAGCUCCAACGAGAACCUGACAUCCAGCGAGGAGGACUUCUCCUCGGGCCAGUCCAGCCAAGUGUCUCCUAGCCCCACCACCUACCCUAUGUUCAGGGAGAAAAGUCGCUCUCCCUCCCAGCACUCACAACUAUCCAUUGACAGCGGCAGCCCACCCACCCCUCUGUCACAGAAAUGCCUGAAGCAGCACGGCGCCCCCUCUAUCAUCGGGAUCCGUAAAAGGGGCCAGAUAUGGCCCAGUGAUGGGGACUCCACCACGUCCAGCAGGACCUCCCAUGAUAACAGUGUUCAAGGAGAUCUGGACGCUCCCUACAUCGAAAACCCUCCGUCAUAUGGCUAUGACCUGGAGCAUUCCGAGGAGCACCAGCCUCGCCACGAGCCUCCAUCUUUCAGCGGGUCUCCUUCCUCCUCGCCACGGCUCCGCUCCAAGAACCGGAACAGCCGAGACACGCAGUCCUCCGGUUCUCUGGAGUCCACCCAGUCGGUGGAGCUGGAACAGGAAAAGGGGCAGGAAAUGAGGAAGUGGGUCCUGUCUGGGAUCCUGGCCAGUGAGGAAACCUACCUCAGCCACCUGGAGGCCGUGCUGAUACCUAUGAAGCCUCUGAAGGCCGCAGCCACAACCUCCCAGCCGAUGUUGACCAUCCAGGAGAUAGAGACAAUCUUUUUCAAAGUGCCCGAGCUCCAUGAGAUCCACAAGGACUUUUACGACGCUCUGCUGCCCCGAGUCAAAGACUGGAGCCACCAGCAGUGUGUGGGCGACCUCUUCCAAAAGCUGGCCAGCCAGCUCGGAGUGUACCGGGCCUUUGUGGAUAACUAUAAGGUUGCUGUGGAGACGGCUGACAAGUGCUGCCAGGCAAACGCUCAGUUUGCAGAGAUAUCUGAGAAUCUCAAAGUGAAAAGCACAAAGGAAUGCAAAGACCAGUCAGCUAAAAAUUCUCUGGAAACUCUCCUCUACAAGCCUGUGGACCGGGUGACACGCAGCACUCUUGUUCUCCAUGACCUGCUGAAGCACACACCCUCCAGCCAUCCGGACUAUCCAUUGUUACAGGAUGCCUUGCGCAUCUCCCAGAACUUUUUGUCCAGCAUUAAUGAAGAGAUCACCCCACGCAGACAGUCCAUGACUGUUAAAAAGGGAGAGAACCGACAGUUGCUGAGGGAUUGCUUCAUGGUGGAGCUGGUUGAAGGUUCCAGGAAACUCCGUCACAUCUUCCUCUUCACAGACCUGCUGCUCUGCACCAAAUUGAAGAAACAGGCUGCAGGCAAAGGGCAACAGUAUGAUUGCAAAUGGUACAUCCCACUGGCUGACCUGACCUUCCAAACCAUUGAUGACUGUGAGUCUAGUCCCAUCCCUCUGGUCCAGGAUGAGGAGAUCGAUGCGAUCAAGAUAAAGAUAUCCCAGAUAAAGAAUGAAAUGCAGAGAGAGAAGAGGACGACUAAAGGAGCUAAGGUGAUAGAGCGACUGAAGAAGAAGUUGUCUGAACAAGAAUCACUGCUACUUCUCAUGUCCCCCAACAUGGCGUUCAGAGUGGCCAACAGAAACGGCAAAGGAUUCACAUUUCUGAUCUCCUCUGAUUAUGAGCGAGCAGAGUGGAGGGAGAUCAUUCGUGAGCAGCAGAAGAAAUGCUUUAAGAGCUUCUCUUUGACCUCCCUGGAACUGCAGAUGCUCACAAACUCAUGUGUGAAACUCCAGACUGUUCACUCUAUUCCAAUGACCAUGAAUAAGGAAGAUGAUGAAUCUUCUGGUUUAUACGGCUUCCUGAAUGUCAUUGUCCACUCUGCGUCGGGACUUAAACAAAGCUUAAAUCUUUACUGCUCCCUGGAGGUGGACUCCUACGGCUACUUUGUCAACAAAGCCAAGACACGUGUGUACAGAGACUCCACAGAGCCCAACUGGAAUGAGGAGUUUGAAAUCGAGCUGGAGGGCUCUCAGACUCUGAGGCUACUGUGCUACGAGAAGUACUGCGGCAAAACCAAGCAGAGCAAAGAGGAAGGAGAGAUCACAGAUAAGAUUGUGGCCAAAGGACAAAUAAAGCUGGAUCCUCAAACACUGCAGAAUAAAGAUUGGCAGAGGACAGUCAUUGCCAUGAAUGGGAUUGAGGUAAAGCUGUCGAUGAAGUUCACCAGCAGGGAGUUCAGUUUAAAGCGGAUGCCGUCACGGAAACAGUCCGGCGUCUUCGGAGUGAAAAUCCACGUUGUCACAAAACGCGAACGCUCCAAAGUCCCGCUGAUUGUUCGCCAGUGUGUGGAGGAGAUUGAGAGACGUGGGAUGGACGAAGUGGGGAUCUAUAGAGUAUCUGGUGUUGCCACCGACAUCCAGACCUUAAAGGCUGCUUUUGACUCAAACAAUAAAGACGUGUCUAUCAUGAUGAGGGAGAUGGACGUAAACGCUAUUGCUGGAACACUGAAGCUGUAUUUCCGUGAGCUGCCGGAGCCUCUCUUCACUGACGAGUUGUAUCCUAACUUUGCUGGUGGCAUCGCCCUCUCUGACAGUGUGGCUAAGGAGAGCUGCAUGCUCAACCUGCUGCUGUCUCUGCCAGAGCCAAAUCUUGUGACUUUUCUCUUUCUGCUAGACCACUUAAAAAGGGUGUCUGAAAAUGAGGGCGUCAACAAGAUGUCUUUGCACAACCUGGCUACUGUUUUCGGUCCCACUUUGCUUCGACCUUCUGAAAAAGAGAGCAAAUCCCCGUCCAGCUCCCAGCCCAUCUCCAUGAAUGACAGCUGGUCUCUUGAGGUCAUGGCUCAGGUUCAAGUCCUUCUCUACUUCCUUCAGCUGGAGCGCAUUCCAGCCCCUGACAGCAAGCGCCAAAGCCUCCUCUUCUCUACAGAGGUAUAACAGGAACAUGAAGGACCUGCACCAUAAUGACCCACUCUGUGGAAGAAUGUCAGCUGGCACUGUGCAGCCAAAUCCGUACUUCCGUUAGCCACCAGGAGGCGCCAUCACCCUCUGUGAAAACUGGAAGCAGCAACCAUGAUCGGAGCCAUUUCUUUAGGAGCUAAUCAUGCGGUCUGUUUAUGUCAACCUGCUGUGUCAGUAGAAAACUUCCCUCAAGAUCUAUAGGUGAAAUAUAUCAUUUCAUUUUUUUUUUUAUUUAAAUCUGAAGAAGCAAUAUUUCCUGUGCUUUGUUGUUCUGAUGCCCUGUUCUGUCUGUGUGCACAUUAUGUCCAUAUUCACACUGGAAUUACUUUUGCUGUUUCUGGAUUUUUAUAAUAGUUAUUUCCGGCUGUGGAUAGUUGGAUAAAGAGACAUAUUUUUCUUGUGUGUAUAUAUGUAUCGCCUCCCAACCCAUCCCACCUGCCGACAGUUUAAAUUCACCUGUGCCAAUGUUUCCAUGACCAAUAGAGCUUUCUGUUCUCCUUAUGUUUACACUGUUUAAAUUUUGUACAGAGGCUAACGCUAUAGUCAGCACACAACAACAUGCAGGCAUGUUGAGUUGACCAGUCGAUGUUGUGUUUUCUGUGAACCUCUUACGUUCCCAGGUUUGUUUUGUAAUGUUCCGAUGGGCUACAGGGUGGAUAUGAGUGUUUUUUUUUUUAUUGGUGCAGAGAGCGAGGUGAAAGGAAAAUCAUUUCAACAUCUAGCCGAACCCUUUACUCUGCCUAACAUAGAAUGUAUACCCUGUCGUGUGUAAUUUCAAUUAAAAAGCCAUCUUUUUGUCUGAGUUUCAUAACUAUCCAGUUUUAGAUUGUGUCUGCAGAAAUGUUUUCAGCUGGACCUCAUAUGUUGCUCUUUGCACUCCCUAUUUGCAUUCUGCCACAGCUGCAGAAAUAAGAGCAUUAUCUGAAAAUACAAAAUAUUUAUCUGUAGGACAAUCAAAGUGCAGCAGCACUCACACCUAGCCACCCUAGCAGUUCUGGCAGAGGUCUGUAAAAAUGCAUACACUAUGUGCUUGCAGGUUUUUUUCAAUUCUCUGCAAAUAAUCAAACACAAACUGUAACCUUAACAGCUUUUGGUUCAUGUUUAAUAAGCAAUAAUUCUUAGAGAUGUUUAGGAUUUCCAUUGUAUCAUAUAUUUGAUUUAUGUAAAUAAAAACUCAAACAAAA